GGCGGGGACAAUCGUGUAAAAGAUAAGCCGUUUGUACUACCAGUCUUCCUUCGUAUCUAGAAGUGUCCGUGCCAAGAUGAGGAGUAUCGUUUCUCUGGUUUUGAUAUUCGCCCUAGUCGCAGGUACGUGCUAUGGUCAGCCAGUGAAGUGUCAGUGCAAUUGCCCUGGAAGUAAUUUGAUAUGCGCUCGAGAUUCUUUGAAAUCAAAGGAAACAGAGACGUUCAAGAACAUUUGCCAGCUCAAUUGUUUCAAUUGUACUUCUGGAAAAAGUAAACAUUUUAUCCUGCUGCAUAAAGGAGAGUGCAAGAAUGAUUGAACAGUUUAUUAUGUAAUAAUAUAAUUUCUAUUUUAAUAAAUAAAUAAAAAAUUAAAAUUAAA